AUGACGACGAAGCUUAAAGGUUUAAAGGAACUUGGGAAUACUUCGGAUCCAUUGCGGACAGUCAGCUAUCAAGUACGAACCAAGAUGUCUGAUUAUGAGGAUGACAACACGGAUGUGCAGAGUCUAACAGUGGAGGAAGAAUACGAGCUCUGGAAUUCCAAUGUGCCAGUUAUGUAUGAGUUCGUCAGCGAAACAAAAUUAACCUGGCCCUCCCUGACUAUCCAGUGGCUGCCUUCCGAUGGUCAGAGCCCGGAACAGAGUCUUAUUUUUGGUACACAUACUGCAGGCGAAGAGGUGAAUUAUUUAAAGGUUGCUACAAUAAAUCUUCCUGCAGGAAUUGCUGGCCUGGACCAAGGAGAUGAAGAGGACGAAGCCAAUGACCACUCCUCAUUUGCAAUUGCCAACAAAUUUCCCCACAUCGAGGAAGUGAUCAGGGCGCGGUACAUGCCCGCGAAUAGCAACAUCAUUGCUACGAUAAAUGGUAAGGGAACCAUAUCUAUAUUCGACCGUACUCUAGAGGAGUCGAAGGCCCAGGUUUCCACAUUGGCGUUCCACAAGGAAAAUGGAUACGGGUUGGCGUUUAACCCGCACAUCUCUGGAGAACUUUUAUCUGGGUCUGACGACACUACGGUCGCAUUGUGGGAUAUUGAGGCAGCGAAGAAACCCAAAAGCAUAUUGACGUCCCAUGACGACAUAGUGAACGAUGUUAAGUGGCACGAGUUCGAGAGCAAUGUCUUUGGGACAGUGUCCGAGGACAAGACCUUACAGGUGCAUGACAAACGGGUCAGGCUGGAGCCCGUGAAGAAGUUGCCUACUGCGUCACCGUUCAACACGUUGUCCUUCAGCAAGCACUCAAGGAACCUCUUGGCAGCUGCUGGUGUGGAUUCCCAAAUAUACUUGUAUGACAUGAGGGAUAUGUCCUCCCCUCUACACGUCAUGAGCGGCCACCAGGAUUCGGUGACCACGGUUGAAUUCUCCCCACACACUGAUGGUAUCAUAUGCAGCAGCGGCUCCGAUCGGAGGGCCAUCAUUUGGGAUUUGACCCAGAUUGGCGCCGAACAAUCCCAAGAUGAUGCUGACGACGGCGCCCCGGAGUUAAUGAUGAUGCACGCUGGCCAUAGGAGCCCUGUGAACGAAUUCAGUUUCAACCCCCAGAUUCCAUGGCUGUUGGCUAGUACAGAAGAAGACAACGUGAUACAAGCUUGGAAAGUGUCCAUGAAAUUGGUCAAUGCCUCACCUCCAGCAAUAUCUGACCCCAGCCUCCUCGUAUAG